UUGGGGCCAUAAAGAAAGCCUAUAAAAGCAAGCACUUGGUUUGUUCCAUGUAGUGUAAUUGUUUCAUUGGAAACCCACCUGUUUAAAUUGCUUUAAAAUUCGGAAAAAUGGAAGUUCCUUUCCAAUAGGUGUAGAAGAAAGAACUUCCUUAAAAAAAAAAAAAAGAAAAAAAAAAGAGCUUAUAUUUGCAUUAAAACAAGCAAAGCGAAGCAAAUCCGCAGAGUAAAGAGGAAUUGAAACAGAGAUUACAGAGUGAGUGUUAGAGAGAGAGAGAGAGAGAGAGAGAAGAGUCAGCUUCCAUGUCUGACUCAGAGCUUUUGUUCUGUCUUUCGCCAUCAAUCUUAACGCUAUUCUUGUUACUUAUUCUGAUGAAAAGGAAGCAAAACCGAUUUAAUCUUCCACCAGGAAAAAUGGGAUUGCCUUUUCUCGGUGAAACCAUCGGCUAUUUGAAACCUUACUCAGCCACCUCCAUUGGAGAAUUCAUGGAGCAACAUAUAUCAAGGUAUGGAAAAAUUUACAAGUCCAAUUUGUUUGGCGAGCCGACAAUAGUCUCAGCGGAUGCAGGGCUGAACAGAUUCAUUCUGCAAAACGAAGGAAGAUUGUUCGAAUGCAGCUAUCCAAGAAGCAUAGGAGGGAUUCUUGGUAAAUGGUCCAUGUUGGUUUUAGUCGGUGACAUGCAUAGAGAUAUGAGGAUUAUUUCUCUCAAUUUCUUGAGCCAUGCCAGACUUAGAACCCAUUUACUCAGAGAGGUCGAGAAGCAGACUUUGCUUGUUUUAAGCACUUGGAAAGAGAAUUCUAUAUUUUCUGCUCAAGAUGAAGCAAAAAAGUUCACGUUCAAUUUGAUGGCAAAGCAUAUCAUGAGCAUGGAUCCUGGAAAACCCGAAACCGAACAGCUAAAGAAAGAGUAUGUCACUUUCAUGAAAGGAGUAGUAUCUGCACCUCUGAAUUUGCCAGGAACACCUUACAGAAAAGCUUUACGGUCUCGAUCAACCAUCUUGAAGUUCAUCGAGCAAAAAAUGGAAGAUAGACGCCAGAGAAGGAAAGAGGGAAAUGAAAAUUUAAAUGAUGAUGAUCUUCUCGGAUGGGUUUUGAAGCAUUCAAAUCUUUCAAGAGAGCAAAUCCUCGACUUGAUUUUGAGCUUGCUGUUUGCUGGCCAUGAAACCUCCUCUGUAGCUAUAUCUUUAGCCAUUUAUUUCUUGCCGGGUUGUCCAAGUGCUAUUGAACAGUUAAGGGAGGAACACAUUGAAAUAGCUAGAGCCAAGAAACAAGCAGGAGAGACAGAGUUGAAUUGGGACGACUACAAGAAAAUGGAAUUCACACAAUGUGUUAUCAGUGAGACACUUCGGCUGGGUAACGUAGUGAGGUUUCUGCACAGGAAAGCAAUAAAAAAUGUUCGGUACAAAGGGUAUGACAUUCCAUGUGGAUGGAAAGUGCUCCCGGUCAUUGCAGCCGUGCAUUUGGAUCCUUCGCUUUUUGACCAUCCUGAACACUUCAAUCCAUGGAGAUGGCAGAACGACAACAACCGCGGAACAUCAUCAUCGAGUUACACGAGCAUGACAGAUAAAAACUUCAUGCCAUUCGGUGGAGGACCACGACUAUGCGCCGGAUCAGAAUUGGCCAAGCUUGAAAUGGCGGUUUUCAUCCACCAUCUGGUCCUCAACUUCCAUUGGGAAUUGGCGGAUGUGGAUCAAGCUUAUGCAUUCCCUUUUGUUGAUUUUCCAAAAGGCUUACCAAUCAGAGUCCAACACCACCACACAGCUUGCAUAUAAAAAUCAGUCGGUAUAAGACACAUAUAUCUAUAUCUAUCUAUAUCUCUCUCUCAGGACGUGAAAUUUAUAGCCUCAGCUUUCACUUAAGGCCACAUGCCCCAAAAGGGAACAAAAAAGCUCAUUUGUAUGUGAAAGAUUGAGUUCUUGGAUUUUUUCAACUGCUUUACCGCAAAAACUUUCUUUUGACUUCAUUAUGUAGCUCACAUGAACAAAAACAAAGACAGACACGAAGUACAUAGAUACUAGGACCACUUAUCCCUAUUAUCCAUCCCUAGCCCCCCCCCUCCCCCACCCCCCCGAAAGCCCAAAACUCCUUUUUCUCUCCCAAAAAAUUAAAAGCUAAAAAAAAAAAUUAAAUAAAUAAAAAAUAUCUCUCAUCCUUUGUAAAUUUCAUUUGCCAGUCCCUGCAUGUUGGGACUUGGGAAUAAUUAUUUAUUUGUGAUGUCUCUUUUUCCUUUUUUUUUUUUUUUUAUUUACUGUAAACUUUCACUGCCUUCUCGUUAUGUAUUUAUAUAAAUCUUAAUUCAUUUCUUUUUAUUUUUACCCA